UGGCUAAUGUCUUUAUGUUAUUAGUAGAUGUGAAUGGAGUCUCAGUAUCUGAAGAGAUGGCUGGGAAGUUGCUUGAGAAAGGGACUGGCAGAGAUUGCAGAACGUCGGCCUGCAGAUCCAAUAGAAUAUCUGGCACACUGGAUUUACAAUUACAGAAGAGUCUUAGAUGAAGAAAAAAAGAUAAUGUUGGAGAGGAUUGAGCUGGAACAGGAACGGGAAGCAGCCCGGACAGAACUCGAAAUGUUACAGAAAGUGAAGGAAGAAGAACUAAUGAUCCAGCAGAAACUUGAAGAACAACGUCAGGCUCAGCUAGAACAAGAGCGUAAGGAUUUGGAACUGCAGAAUGAAGAAGGCAAAAUGUCAUUGCAGCAGGAAGAUCAAGAGGAAAACGAUGAAAAGAUGAUAGCUGAAUUUACCGAUAGAGCUGGAGUGUCUAAUUUGACCAGUGUUGAGGAGCUAGAUGAGAAUGAACAGCUUGAGAGCACAACAGAAGCAGAACAAGAAAGUUCCCAACCGAUCUGAAAGUAAAUAUAUUUUCUACUCAUUACUUGCGGAUCCUGAGGUGCAAUGUCUUAAUUUAUGUAUUUUACAUAUAGAACUGAUUUAUA